AUGGACGAACCGACUGACCCUAGGCUUAAAAACCCUGCUAUGUUCCAAAGCCCUAGUAAGACAACUGAGGAGGAAAGUAGACCCAAGGAUAAACCAAGUAAUCCGAAAGAGAAAGAGGACAAGGAAAGCGAGAUGGAGGAAAAGGAAGCGCCAUACAUACCUCCACCACCUUAUAAACCACCUAUCCCGUACCCUCAAAGGUUCGAGAAAUCUAAAAACAUAGGGCAGUUUAAGAAAUUUGUCGAACUUCUUAAACAAUUGAACAUUACAAUUCCGUUUACGGAAGCCAUUACCCAAAUGCCCUCAUAUGCUAAGUUCCUAAAAGAAAUCCUAUCGAAUAAGAAGAAAUUAGAAGACAACGAGACUGUAACACUCACUGCCGAAUACCGAUCUGUCAAGUAUCCUGUAGUUGUUCUUGAAAACGUACCCGUCCGCAUCGGACAAUUCUACAUCCCUACGGAUUUCAUAAUUAAGGACAUAAAAGAAGACGUCAAUACUCCUAUAAUCUUAGGAAGACCUUUUCUAGCUACCUCUGGAGCCAUUAUAGACGUAAAGAAAGGCAAGUUGACAUUCGAAGUAGGUGAGGAGAAGGUCGAGUUUAUCUUAACACAAUUCCUUCAAGCCCCAGUUAUAGAAGAUACAUGUUACCUGGUGGAUGUUAUUGAUGAUUGUGUAAGAGAGAUAGGAUUAUCAGAAGAAUCUUACUCUAAAGUUAUUAAGAUUCCGAUACCCCUGAUUUUCGAAGAUGACAAUUGGCGUCCGAAAUAUCAAGAAGAUAGUUUAAGCGAAUGCUUAGCAUUAACACCCAACCCUAUGCCUUGCCCAAAGAAACCAGCCUUGGACCUUAAACCAUUACCCAAGACUCUUAGGUAUGAAUACCUAGAUGAUGAGCUCAAAAAACCAGUAAUAGUCAACGCAGAGCUAGGAGCCACAGAGACCGAGAAGCUAUUACAAGUAUUAAGGAAGUAUCCAUCUGCGUUGGGAUAUAACAUUGCUGAUCUGAAAGGAAUAAGUCCUUCCAUAUGCAUGCAUCGCAUCAUGUUGGAAGAAGAUUGCAAAACCUCUAGGGAACAUCAAAGAAGGAUUAACCCUAUCCUAAGAACAGUAGUUAAAGAUGAAGUUACCAAACUUCUGAAUGCCAGAAUUAUAUAUCCAAUCUCCGAUAGUCAUUGGAGAUGCAUGAUGUCAAUUUUUGCUAACUACAUUGACAACAUCAUGGAGGUCUUUAUGGACGACUUCUCUGUGUGUGGGGAGGAUUUCGAAGGAUGCCUCUCAAAUCUAGAAAAAGUUUUGGACCGAUGUGUACAAGUUAACCUCGUCCUAAACUGGGAAAAGUGUCACUUUAUGGUUAAACAAGGGAUUGUACUUGGACAUGUAGUCUCCAAAAGAGGGAUUGAAGUCGAUAAAGCAAAGAUCGAAGUAAUAGAAAACCUCCAACCCCCAAAAACAGUUAGAGAGAUACGGAACUUCUUAGGACACGCAGGUUUCUACUGCAGAUUUAUAAAGGAUUUUUCUAAGAUCUCUAAACCUCUGACCAGCCUCUUAAUGAAAGACGUUGAGUUCAAUUUCAACGGUGAAUGUUUAGAAGCCUUUGAAGUACUAAAGACAACCCUUAUAUCUGCACCCAUAAUGCAACCACCCGACUGGAAUUUACCGUUCAAAAUUAUUUGUGAUGCAAGCGACUAUGCUGUAGGAGCAGUCUUAGGCCAAAGGAAAGAUAAGAAACUCCACGCAACAUACUAUGCAAGUAGGACCUUAGACCGUGCGCAAAUGAAUUACGCCACAACCGAAAAGGAACUCUUGGUCGUGGUCUUCGCGUUAGAUAAGUUUCGUUCCUAUCUGAUAGGAGCAAAGAUAAUAGUUUAUACUGACCAUGCAGCCAUUAGGUAUCUACUAGCUAAAAAAGAUGCAAAACCUAGACUAUUAAGGUGGAUCCUACUACUACAAGAAUUUGAUUUGGAAAUCAAAGAUAAAAAGGGAACCGAAAAUGUAGUAGCCAACCAUUUAUCUAGGAUGGAAGGUAUUAAAAUAGAAGAAACACCAAUCAACAAUGAUUUCCCUUAUGAACGCUUAAUAGCACAUUUAGAAUCCGAAAGCGACACAUUGGAGCAACCUAAAGCGCAAACCGUUAAGACACUAAGCACCGGAACCACACUGCCAUGGUAUGCUGAUUUUGUCAACUACUUAGCAGCGAGAGUGCUUCCGCCUGACAUGACCUAUCAACAAAAGAAGAAGUUCUUCCAUGACCUUAAACAGUAUUAUUGGGAUGAACCCUCGCUAUUUAAGAGAGGCUCCGAUGGGAUAUUCCGCCGAUGUGUUCCGGAAGAAGAGAUAGAAAGUAUAAUACAUCAUUGCCAUGAUACCCCCUAUGGUGGGCAUGCAAGCAUAUCAAAGGCAUGCGCUAAGAUUCUGCAAGCCGGUCUCUUUUAG